AUGUCUCGACGCCUCUCCAGCCCCUUCGUUUCUCUCUUAUCUUCCUCCUCCAGACACAGGCCUCAUUCCGCUUACAACCGCGCUGCUUACCAUGACUAUAUUCGCUUUUCCACUCCAGGUGGCACCGCUCGCAUCCCUCUCAAGAACCCCAAAGUCAUAGGCGUCGCAUCAUCACGGGGCGAGCGACCACAGCAAGAGGAUUUCUACGCAUACGUCGCCCUGUCUCUUGACCCCGAAGAACUGCGCCGCAGUUUGAGGAAGGCCCAUCGCAUUGAUUGGGACCCGACCUCGCUCCCACCUGCGCUUGCCCGCCAGGUUCUCUUCGUGGGCGUGUACGACGGUCACGGCGGCUCGACCGUAUCCCAAUUCCUUCGCCAGGAACUUCACGGUCUGUUCGAGAACGUGGACAAGUCGCACGUUCCAGAUCUGUAUGUGUGGGCUACUGAACUUGGCGGAUACUUCAAGCGAUUCCAAGGCGGCGCACUCGCACCCUGGGUACGCCCCGGCGCGUCGGAUACGAAAAUGGACCUGGAGGCUCGAGCGACACUGGCGUUCUUUGAAGUCGACCGGACACUGUGCAUCGAGAAGGCGGCCCAGGAAUGUGGCGCGACUGCGUCCGUGGUCCUCCUGCAAUCGUUAGACAAUCCAGUCAACCCAUUCUUUACGUCCAAACGGCUUGCCCUGACAGUUGCUCAUGUCGGCGAUACUAGGGUCCUUCUGAGCGCAACCGAGAACGGCGCUGUGAUUCCGAUGACUGAGAACCAUCACGUCGACGCACGCGUAGAGGCAAUCAGACUUCGACGGAUGAUGGGGAGUGGACAAGCCAUGGACUCUUUUGGUGAAGUGCGGUGGAUGGGAGCACUGGCCAAUACCCGUAGCCUGGGUGAUCUGAGGUAUAAGCGUUUCGGCGUAACCCCUGAACCCGAAGUCCGUACCGGGCUUCUCGACGGUCCUGCUUACUCGCACAUCACCCUGGUCUCCGACGGCGUGUCCUCUGUCGUAUCGGACGACGAGAUAUCCGACCUCGCGCGCGGAAGCCCCACUCCGCAAUAUGCGGCCCAGCGAAUUAUGAGAUUUGCAGAGGACAUGGGCAGUGACGAUAAUCUGACCGCCCUCGUCGUCCCCCUCGCUGGGUGGGGCAAGAUGACGGGCGGCGAUCGCACUCGCGAGCUGCGCGAGUACAGGCGACGCCACAUGGAGGGCAACGAACGCCAGAAGGCGCGAUGGAUGUGA